AUGCCGGUGACCGGCAAGGCAGCAGAGAAAAAGGUCGAUCUGGGUGCAGGACUCGCACGGCGCAGGUCGCAGGACUUUGCCACGAAGAUAUCAGGAUGGAAUCUUGCAGGAGGUGGUGUGGUGCAGAAGGAGGACGAAGUGGUGGUGGUGUUGGAGGAAGACGGCAAGACGGACACAGCGGCAGGCGCGAGCGAAGGCAUUGUGCAGAUUGUGGUCGAGACGGAGGCCUCGGUUCUGGACAGCGACCUGGCGGACAAGGACAAUGACCCUUCGCCGGCAACGCCCCAAACACCCGCAUCACAACCAAAGGAAACACCACCUUCCAAGAUGUCCGGCGCGAAGAAGACUGGGCGAGAGGUGGAUCUCGACCGCAAGGCAUGGGUACGGCGGAAGAGCAAACCACAGGUGGAGCCGGUUCCACCACCUCCUCCCGUGGCCGAGUUGAAACAGGUUGGUGCGCCUAAGAAGCGCGUCAUCAGCGAUGGACACUGGCGUCGCGAUCGCACUGCGAAGGAGGAAGUUCCUACGCCGGAGAAGGACAUAACUCCAAAACCGGUUACCGUUCGGCGGAGCGUAGCCAGCGUUGGAUUAAAGGUGCCGCCUUCAAUGCAGGAGUUUAUCGAAUCGGACCCAGAGCCCGAGUCGCGCCGAGCGCGUCCUAUGAGACAUGCCCGCAAGGUCUCGCAUUCCAAGUCUGCAGAACCGCCGCUUGAGCCCGACUAUGAGAGCAGCGGAACGAGAGUGUACAUCAAGCGGCGGAGGCGCUCACGCCAGGAAGAUGACUACAGGAGGUCCGACAGCAGCUACAAUGCAACCUCUUCUACCGACAAACGCAGCGCAACGACAGACAUUACAGUUCCCAGCCUAUCUCCGCCGAGACCUCACUCGGAACCUCGUCAGACUCAGAAGAAGCCUCCCAGCAGAGAGCAUGAGCGCCCAAGGACGGCAAGAAAUGCCGAUGACUAUGACGAUGCACUCCGUCGACCGAGCUCGGAUCGUAGGCGGACAGAGUCACACGUGCUCGAUGAAGAUCUGCAACGGCAACCCUCUACCGCACAAGGCUAUGCUCGAAAGAUCACAGAACGCAUCAAGAAAUCACACAAUCCAGCGCCUGUGCAAAUACAGCCGCAAGUGCAUGCAACGCGAAUCGAUGGAUGGCUUGCAAACAUGCCGGACCCUUUCACGGAACUACAGGCGUCAUCGCUCCUUCCAGAACCAUUGGAAAUCACCAAAAAAGCACCGCGAACUCGGCUGGAAGCGAAAUCUGAUGAAACGGACAACCAAGAGACACGUAAGAGCGGCGACAGAACGCGAAGCCUUCGACAGGAUCUCAAGGGCAUUGAGACCCGAGAUUUUGCGUCGCGGAGCGUUACAGACGACGUGUCAGAAGUAUCCACUUCACCCUCAAGUACCUUGAAGCGGCGUGGUGCAAGUCGUAAGUCUCCAGUGAAGGACCGAUUUGUUCGUGGCACCUCACCAGCCGCUGGCGAAGCGAUGAUGAGUGGUGCGCUUCUUGGAUCACCCCCAGAGCCUCUUCGCCCCACCCCUGUGAGGUCUGCAGAAAGAGCACGUAUUCCAAGCGGCGGCAAGCGAGUAUCCACAGCACUACCCGCCGAUCCACCGCAGCAGCGAGUGAAGUCACAGAGAAGUAAGCCGGCACCGCUGCACUUUUCUGAGGACCAAGCUACCUCUGUGGAUGGCAGUGUGCUGUCGCGUGUGAGUGACGGCGACGCGCCCAGAAGGACGGGAACUAAGCGCGGCCACCGAGUGAAAGAUCAUUCGGAUCUGAUGUCUGUUCUGUCUGUUUCAAGAGAUGAUGUCGAUGUGAAGCCGGCAGCGCGAAGAAGCACCCGGACCCGUCGGGCCAAGCCAGAAGCUACCACGUUAGGAGAAGUCAUGAACGAUCUCUCAGCAGAAGAGCUCAAAUAUCAGCGUGAAUUGCGCACCUUGGUUGACGGUGUGGUGCCGGUGCUGCUGCAGCAUGCACUUUCGUCCAWGGCCUCGACGCCCACAGCGCCAGGUCCCCGGCCUUUGACUGAUCCCUCGGUGACGCAGCCUGUAAUCGACAUGGGUAUCGCGCUCGAGCGACUGAAAACUUGCCACAAACGAGCGCCGCUGCAUGAAUCGAGCGAGCUCUUGACCUGGGCUGAAGGAGCCUCUAAGCUCUAUUCCGAGUACUUGAKAUGCUGGCGUCUUGGGUUCACUGGAAUUGUCGUCAAUCUCGCACCAGCCGACGAUGGGUUGCCACGCAACAAGGAAGGCGACCUCUUGGACGGAACUGGCGAGCGAGUGGACGUGGCCUAUCUAUUGAAACGUCCACUUGUGAGACUCAAGUAUCUGGCCAAGACUUUCAAGGCGAUCAAUCAGCUCCAACCAUCCGCAAAUGCAGAGGAUAUGACAGCGAGAUACCAGGAUCUCAUAGCAGCCGCGAAAACCCGUGUCAAUAACGAACAAGCACGCCUCGAAGACGAAGCUGCUUCAAGCAUCGAUGCCACAAGAGCGCGGGACCCCCGAAGCCUGGCACCCAUUACCGGCGUGACCAUCGAUCCCACAAGAUCUGUCGGCGCAAGAGACUAUUUCGACAUGGAGCUUCUCCACUCGAGUGGGCAGCAGCUGGGAUGCAAGAUUGAGAUUGUAUACAGAGAUGAUGCGCCCAAUCGGGGCAAGGCCGGGGAUGUGCUGUUCUGCGAGGUUUCCACCACUGGGCGAUGGCUUCUGUUUCCGCCCUUGCCUCACAGCCUUGUUACCGCACGAAGUGGUGACCGGCCAGGCGAGCUUGUUGUCAUGGUCAGGGGCUUCUUGGCCAAUGCGCGACAAUGGCGCGAAGUCAUGUCGUUGCAAGCAGAGGAUGAACAGACAUGCGCGGACUGGAUUGACAUGCUUGGAAGUUCGCCCAUGCCGCCAAGAUUAUCACGGAAGUCGAGUUUCAACAUGCUCAACGAUGUUGGAGCACGUUCACCAGGUGUCGCAAAGCCAAAACUUGACACUACCGAACGUUUCAAAUGCCAGGAACCCUCUCCUAGAGAGAUUGAGAUUCCUAUUGGCGAACCCGCGAAGCAAGCGACCCAGACUUGGGAUGCUAGCGAGGUCAACAGCGUUUACAGUGAGAGCGUACAUACCGACACCCAGAGGAUCAAGGCAAGUCGGUACCGUAGCAGCACUGCAUCAACCUCAUCCGCGCCCACGUAUACUGAAGGCAUACAACGCGAGCGUCAGGGACACUCAGUCCAACCUGAGUAUUACUACGACAGGCCUCGUGGCGAACCAGCGACGAAACGCCCGAAUACUAGCCACGGGAGGUCGCAAUCUGACUGGACAACCUCAUCAAUGACAACAGACAGUAGAACCGACUAUAGCGUUUGGCUUCCGUCUGAUGAUCAAUAUUCAGAAGCGUAUACUGAGGCAGACGACCAACCCGAGGAGUACCAUCAGAAAAGACCUGGAAUGGAGCGGCGAACAUCCUCAGUGCCAUCAUCUGAUAUGCCAACCAUUCCGAAGAUACGCAAGUCGAGUCGGCCGGACAGUGCUUCAUCCGAUAGAGAUGCAUUGCCGUCCCAAAAUCAACAUGAACCAUCGUCGGCGCCAGCGAAGUUGCAGAAGCGGCCCGAUUCCAACGCGAGAGAGCCAGGCGGUGACAAGGAAAUCCCUGCACCACGGCCUUCACAGCGUGCGUCUCUCGCUUCGAGAAUCAACAUUCUGCCAUCCUUCACCCCUGCUUUCAUGAAGAAGGAUCGACGUCCAUCUUCUCCGCUCAAGCAUGAAUAUGCACCGUCCACAGCAUCCUACUCCUUGUCAGAGAGCGAGUACUCGGAGGAUCUUACUGAUGGAGAGUCCAUCACCUCCGAAUCGACAAUGGAAGACGAGGAAGAGGGUAUGACGCUUCAGGAGGAAGUCUCCACAGUGGGAGACCUAAAAGCAUUUCAGGACUAUACCAUGAGGCCACUGAGAAUGUCCUCUCCACCAGAAACCCAGUUCACCAUGGGUGACGCCAGCUUGGGACCUUCAGAAUCGGCCUCGCAAGGACCGUACCGUAGUGUACCGCAGACUAACGUUGCCCCAGCACAGAGCAUUGCUGGUAUCUUCUGCUGGUCUGAUCGCGGCCAGUGGGACAGCCUCCAUCCAGAGGAGUGCCAAAUCUUCGUCACGCCUGGUUUGAUCGAGGCAUUCGACAUCACCCAAGCCAACUCUGUCGAGUUGAGUGCAGAGGGUGAGGGGUCAACCCCCUCUUCAAAGGGCAUCAGGCCGCUGGUAGCACUAGAACUCACCCCGUUGGUGCCUUUACGUCGCGGCACUGCGGUCGACAUCUCCGUACGAUCGCCACCAUCCGAUAACUCGCUCAUCCGAACAAGCAACAAUGUCAUGUUCCGCUCUCGGAGCCCUGAAGACUGCGAGAGGCUCUACGCGCUGAUCAACCGUGCUCGGAUUGAGAAUCCUACCUACGUGGCUCUGCAGAAUGCCAGAGGACCCGUCCAGCAAAGCAACUGGGGCGAAGCUAUGGACCGCCGCAACAGCACCCGUCAGACGAGCGGAUCUUGGUGGAAUCUUGGGUCGAGAAAGAGUGUCUCUUACCGUUCCAAUGGAAGCCGGCCCGCAUCAGUGGCUGUGACAGAGUCUUCAGUUGGCACCAUGAACUCUGCAUUUUCUGCACUCCGCCGUCUGAGUGGUGGAAACAGAUUCUUCGACAUUGCCAAGAGCACAAUCACGUCACGAUACGGCACUCAAAGCACCAACAGCGAGUCCCUUUCUUCUGGUGUCGCAACCCCGAACCCACUGGAUCCACGCCUGGGAACUCCACUGGGCGUCACAAACUCCAAGAUCCGCCUGUACAUCCGCGAGAACGCCAGCAAAUGGAAGGAUCUAGGUUCCGCGAGAUUGACAGUCAUGCUUCCUCCCCGACAAGAAUCUCCCACCACAAACCCCAAACUCACCGGUCUUGAGAAGAGAGUACUGGUGUAUGGCAAGAGUAAAGGAGAGCUUUUGCUUGAUGUCACGCUUGGAGAGACGGCUUUUGAACGUGUCGCGAGAACAGGAAUCGCGGUUAGUGUUUAUGAGGAGAAUAUGGGACCCAAUGGAGAGAUGGGGAGAGUUGGUGCUGUGGGAGGCGUGUUGAGUGCGAGGACGACUGUUUAUAUGGUGCAGAUGAAGUCGGAACGUGAAGCGGCAUAUACUUUCGGUUUGGUCGGCAAACUGAGGUAUUGA